CUGUAAACACACACACACAUCUCAGACUAAAUGAAUCCCCUGCUUUACCACAUGUUACACAACAAUAUGAUUAAGGAACAUUACUUUACACAAAUACACUAUCUGGUGAUUAAUGUUAGUAAUAAUAAUAAUAUUUAUUUAAAUAUCAUCAUUAUCAUAAAAAAAGAAAAUAGGGAUCCAGGGAUAAGUGAGUUAAUGUUUCAAAAAAAUUAAUUUUACUUGUCAAUGUCUGUGUUGUUAAAAAUGUGCAGUGUGUUUUCAGAUUAUUUUUUAAUAUUAGUUUUUUUUAUUCUAAAUUUGUCAUUUGAAUUGGGUAGUACUUUAUAGUUUAUCUACUGAUCUAAAAAAAAUUUGUAGUCUAAAUUAUAUGAGUUAAGAUUUUUCGGUAAAAAUUAGAAUCACCAGACCCUCACAAUACGAUGUGAUUCGAAGUCGAUUUGAUUCGAUUUGUAUUGUGACUGUCAGUAUCACAAUUUUGUAAAUAUCCAUAUUCUUUAUAUAUAAAUUACACAGGAUAAGCAAAACUUGCGAUUUUACUUGAAUUUACUGACUUGUUUCCCGGAAGAUGGAUAAAAGGGUGAACAGGAAACAAAAACCUUAAGAAAAUGAUAUACGACUCCGCCAAAUACACAGACACAUUGAUUUGCACUGGACUGAUAUUAUCUAUAUUAGUCUUUUACAGGACCUCUGUCUUCAGCGAAAUACAGUCAGACAUUUGCAGGGGAAUUUUGACUUUACAUGACUGCUUCACAUGGGAUUAAGUUCACAGACAACCUCCGCAGUUAUUACAAAUCACACAAGGUCACCAGAUCACAAGUGCUGGCACUGGAGACUCCUUCCAUAAAUGAAUGGCGGGCUGCGGGGAGGUCGAUCACUCUAUGGACGCACUGGCCUCAGGUAAAAAAGUGGGCGGGGUAAGAGAUGGCAGCGGAAGCCCCUCCCCCUCUCCUCCCCCUUCACUUCCUGUCCCGGAGUGCGCUAUAUGUUUGCAGAGUUGCGUCCACCCGGUGCGCCUCCCUUGCGGCCACGUCUUCUGCUUCCUGUGCGUAAAGGGCGCGUCCUGGCACAGCAAGCGUUGCGCACUGUGCAGACAGGAAGUGCCCGAGGACUUCCUGGACCGCCCCACGCUUCUUUCCCCGGAGGAGCUGAAGGCCACAGCGACAGGGGGGAGGAGUUUAGGCGGCCACGCCUGGUACUACGAGGGCCGUAACGGUUGGUGGCAGUACGACGAGCGCACGAGCCGCGAGCUGGAGGAGGCGUACCGCGAGGGGAAGAAGAGCGCCGAGAUGCUCAUCGCCGGCUUCCUGUACGUGGCCGACCUGGAGAACAUGGUGCAGUACAGACGCAAUGAGCACGGCCGGCGCCGGAGGAUGAAGCGUGACGCCGUAGAUGUCCCCAAAAAGGGCGUGGCUGGACUGAGGCUGGAUCCAGAAACCGCAACAGGGUCCGGGUCUAAUUCUGUUCCUAGCUCUGGAUCCGUUUCCCCAGCGUUUCCGGGUCCUGUACUCAUGGAUUCAGGUGUAAAUUCAGACGGAGGAGUGACGGAGAGCGAUGUCAGAGAGAGAGACGUCCGGACAGAGAGACAGAUGAGAGAGAGACAGAGGGACAGAGUUUCUCCUGGCUUCUCCGAUUCCACAGCUGCCGAUUCGACGCCGAGUUCAGAAGCCACAACAUCGGAGAGGGAGAACUCGGCAGACGGAGCUGACGUUAGUGGAGCGAGUCGCACCCAGUCUUUGUUUGCUCCGCCUCCAAUCCGUCCUCCCAUCAUGUUGGGCGGCGACCGCGACCUUCACCAUAACCCUCAACUCGUCCAGGCGUUCGCACAGCUCCACAUCAACCGCGCCGCCCCGGAAGAGGACGAGGAACAGGAAGUGGACGACGACGAUAACGGAGACGAUUCGCCCACUGCCCCCGACCCGUCCGGUUACGAAUCAGAAUCUGGAACGAGUGAAGACGAAGACGAGGAAGGAGGAGACAAUGAGGAAGGUUUGAGGCACAGACUGCAAAGUCUGGACGCUGGAGUUCGGUCACGCAGCCCAGACGGCCAGUGCACAGUGACGGAGGUGUAGCCAUCUGCGCUGUGAGAGGUGAACGUGGCUAAGUCUGUGAACGUGGACGGUUUAGAAGUUAAGAAGCAGGACGUGCACUUGUGUCUUAAACGUACGAACCUUCAGCUGAAUCCCAAACUCUAGCACGUGGAGAGAACAUCUGGUUAAUUUGGGUGUCAGGAAAAAUUUAAAAACGGAAAGAUACUUUAUAAUUGAAAAUUUACUCCAGCUAGCUCGCUAGCUAAUCAGCUAAUUAGGAAAAAAAAAAAACACCUGCUUUCUCGAGCACUCACAGAAGCGUAACGCUAAAACUAAGACCUGUAGCUGUUACUUUAUGCGUAAUCUAAUUAUUUGUUUAAUAUAUGUCAAUUCGCUUGCCGCGGUUUCUCAGUGUUAAAAACUGCUCCCGGUGCAUUGUGGGUGAUGUGUACGUUAGUCGAGCCCCCGAGAGCCAAACCUGAAACCUCACAUAAUCAUGAUCGCAAAAUAAAAUCUGUAAUCCGGUGUUUCUUUAAGAAUAAAUGAAUAAUCAGUGUAAGAACACUAACUGCGUCUGGAGUUUGGGACAGAGCUUGUGUGUGUGGUUGUGUGUGUGUUACUGACGUACAUCAGAUCUAUAUGAGCACUGGUGUAGAUGUGAUGUAUAAACGUGUGUAGAUACGUCAGGGAGGCGGAGACAUGAAGUGCGAUCGUGUUCCUGAUGAGACGAGACACGGAGUCACUAACGAACUGCUGAACAUCUGAACAAGCAAAAACAAAACAACAUAAUCCUGUAAUUAUAUAACCUUCAUUCAGCCGGAGUGGGGUGAGGACAGAGAGCGCUCAGUGUGUGUGUAUGUGUGCGCGCGCUGUAUUGUGUGAAUGUUUUGUUCUUUUUUUUUUUUUUUUUUACCUUUAUCCUGUCUUUCUUUGGCAGGGGUGUGAGUGAUUCAUACACAACUACCUUUAUUGUUUUCCCUCACUCCCUCAAUUUCUUUCUAUUUUCUUUCUUUCCUUCUCCUCUUCCCUUCUCUCUCUCUCUCUCUCUCUCUUUCUCAGCUCUGUGUAGAUGCCACUGGCGUUUUAUUCUCACCGGCGUUUUAUUCUCACCUCGCUGUGUUUCAAAACAAGGGAAAAUAAACUAAUCAUUAGAAGCUAAGAUCUGUCUCUCUCUCUCUCUCUCUCUAACAGGGCUGAACUCUGUGUUCCAUCACAUCAUAACUUAUUAGACCACUGACUCCAGAUAGUGACGUACGUGUGUGUGUGUGUGUGUGUGUGUGUGUGUGUGUGAGCUCACACCCCGUGUAUCAUGUCUCCCUAUAGGUUUUUUUUUUGUUGUUUUGUUUUUUAAUAAUGUGUAUUACUGUGCUGUGGAAGUAAUUUGAAGGAAGUGCUUGUACCCCAGGCUGAGACGCUAUGAACUCUGGGAAAUGGAAUUUUAUUUGAGGAUUUUAUUCUAGUCGUAGCUCUUCAUCUUCAGCGCCGGUUCUGAGAUUUUAAUUAUUGUUUGUUUACUUGGUCCAGAUCCUUUUCAUGUCCAGUGUUUUUUUUUGUUUGUUUUGUUUUUUUUGUCAUCGAAUAUAAAUAAUUGAUAAUGGCUAUAAUAACUUCUUUUGCUGUGUUUUGUUUUAAUGGUGGUGUGUCUUCUCUUUUGUUACUAAGUUGAUUGAAUUAAUAAAGUGUUGUCUAUUAUUUGUCUGAAA